UGGACCGAUCGAAUAGCAUUCGGCUGUGUGCACAGUGUAUGAAGUAACGUGUGUUCCGUCUGUCGUCUCCUAACUUCAUCAUCAAUUACUAAACGCCUGUUCAACAGUUCCUCGCAAAAGUGCCAACCGAAGUGAAGUCAAAAUUAAAUCCCUACGCCGUUUACUCUGCACCCUGACAUCGUACAAAAUGUCCAGCCCGAAAGCUGAUAUUGCACUGAUCGGUUUGGCCGUGAUGGGACAAAAUUUGAUCCUCAACAUGGAUUCGAAGGGUUUUGUCGUUUGCGCCUACAAUCGUACCGUCGACAAGGUUACCCAUUUUCUGGAGAAUGAAGCCAAAGGUACCAACAUUAUUGGGGCAACCUCGCUGCAAGAUAUGGUGAACAAGUUGAAGACACCACGCAAGAUUAUGAUGCUAGUUAAAGCCGGCAGUGCAGUAGAUGAUUUCAUUAACCAACUGCUUCCGCUGAUCGAGAAGGGCGAUGUGAUAAUUGAUGGAGGUAACUCGGAACACCAGGACUCGGCUCGUCGCUACGAAGAGCUAAAGGCAAAGGGUAUUCUGUACGUUGGUUCGGGUGUAAGCGGUGGAGAGGAAGGUGCCCGCUAUGGACCAUCCCUCAUGCCCGGUGGACAUCCUGACGCAUGGCCCCUAAUUAAAGACAUCUUCCAGGCAAUUUGCGCGAAAUCGAAUGGUGAUCCAUGCUGCGAAUGGGUCGGCGAAGGAGGUGCUGGUCACUUCGUGAAGAUGGUCCACAAUGGUAUCGAGUACGGUGAUAUGCAGCUUAUCUGUGAAGCGUACCAUCUGAUGUUGGCCCUGGGCAUGACGCAGAAGGAGAUGGCACAGGAAUUCGACGAAUGGAACAAGGGCGUGCUGGAUUCGUUCCUAAUUGAAAUCACACGCGACAUUCUUAACUACCGUGACGAUGAGGGCUAUCUGCUGGAACGCAUUCGUGAUACGGCUGGACAGAAAGGUACGGGCAAGUGGACAGCGAUCGCUGCACUCCAUCAUGGCGUACCGGUUACGUUGAUUGGUGAGGCGGUCUUCUCACGCUGCUUGUCCGCACUGAAGGAGGAACGUGCUCGUGCUAGCAAACAACUGGCAGGACCCAGCACGAAAGCGUCCGUGGCUGAUCGCAAAAAAUUCCUUACCCACAUUCGCAACGCACUGUACUGCGCAAAGAUCGUAUCGUACGCUCAAGGAUUUAUGCUUCUGCGGGAAGCUGCCAACGAGUACAAGUGGAACCUUAACUACGGUGGUAUUGCGCUGAUGUGGCGUGGCGGUUGCAUCAUUCGUAGCGUGUUCCUUGGCAACAUUCGUGAUGCGUUUGUGCGCAAUCCGCAGCUGUCGAAUUUGUUGCUGGAUGAUUUCUUCAAGAAAGCCAUGAUGGAUAACCAGCAGUCAUGGCGCGAAGUGGUCAGUCAAGCUGUUCUAUGGGGCGUGCCAGUGCCUGCCCUAUCGGCUGCACUCGCAUUCUUUGACGGGUACCGUUCGGAGCGAUUGCCCGCCAACUUGCUGCAGGCUCAGCGUGACUAUUUCGGUGCUCACACGUACGAACUGCUGGGUAAAGAGGGCAAGUUUGUUCACACGAACUGGACUGGCAAGGGUGGUAACGUUUCCGCCAGUACCUAUUUGGCUUAAGCGAAAACAUUUGCUGAACGAGAUGGACCGACGAUACUUAGUGGCUUUCGUGCGUCAGAAAGCGCUCCAUUCCAUCAUCAUAAAAUUAAAGCUCUUACCCGUGGACAGUGCGAUGUUUGGCAUUGUUUGGCUUUGGCUCAUCAAUUUCGUUGCCCAUUCGUAUUGGGUGCAUCAGUUUAUUUAUUGUUGAUAUUUUUGUACUCUGUUUUCCUUGUAAUAAAAAAGUGUUGAAACCCGAA